AUGUACACGCCUGAUGUGGUCCCACCGUCAAAAGUUACGAGUUAUGAUGAACUUGUGUUUAAUGUUGCGGGUUUAUUUCAUACCAUGUCAUUUUUACAUGAUCCGGAGGACUGGGGGGAAGAAUUAACGGCAAGUUUUUCCUCGGAGGAUGAGUUUUAUGAUCCUGAACCACCGCUGGAACGGUCCAUUCCUCUUAUGAUUGCAGAAUUUUUGUACCGAUCGGCCAUGUUUCUAGGACAUCCACAAGGUGAUACUCCAUGGUUACCGGGGUUUCGAGAAGACAAGAAAUUUUCAAGUAAUGACGUGAAACGGUGGCGACGAUUGGCACAUUUUGAUUGGGAAGCCGAAGAACAAGAGUUUUUUAAAAACCAUCCACCAAGAUUGACACGGACUCAGUCAGUUGAAUCAAAUGGACAUACGUCCGUCAUAUCGACCAUUGGAGCGAGCUUUCGAAUGCAAAAUCAACAAGAUAGUGUCGAUUCGGAUUCAAGCAGUCGUAGUCAAGAUAGUCAAGUGUCGGGAAAGAUGAAACUUCGAAGUGCGGUAACUGGGUGGAUUCGCAAACACAAACGGCAGCAGGAUCACGAACAGCAGCAUCUGAACGAUGCAGUGGAACAAGAGACUGAAGUUGCAAUAGAAAGCGUCGAGGAACCGAAUCAACAUAGUGUUCGCAAACCCGUGUCGUGGCUGAAUCCGCCACCAAUCUCGUCAUCUCGAAGCUUACGACUGCUCGUUGACAUUGUCAACUCGUGCGUGUACUGUGGACAGUUCAAGUUUCGAAAGCGUGACAUUAUACGUCUUUGCAAUGUCAAGAUUUGA